ACUCCACCAUAAAUAACACAUAUCUCUCCCAUCUCUUCUUUGUGGAGGUUUCACAAACACCACCAAUCUUCUUCUUCUUCUCUCAUCAUCUUUUUGUUUCUUCUUGGUUUGAUUUGAUCAAAGCCCUUCUCUCGAUCAAGAUCAUGCUUAGCAAAAGAACCCAUCCCAUGAUAGGAAAAAUAUCUGAGCUCCUCGUUGGCGUGAACCGAUCUGCAGCCGCAGCGGCUCCUUUCUUGGACGUCUUGAUGACGAGCCCUAGAAGUCCACUAGAUUUCAAGAUUCUCCCUCAGAUAUCUCAAAGAAACAGCUCAAAGAGAUUCUACGAUGACAAUCUUGGUGGGUCCGUUGGUCUAGGGAUAGUGGCCGCACUCGAGAACUCAACCACUCGUCGGAUCACCAGCGUAUCUAGAACUGAAUCGAACCAAACCGGCCGGUCUGAUCCGGUUCAGUUCAUGAGCCAUGUAGGUAGCUCGGAUGAGGAAGAUGAGGAGAUGUUCAUAAUGGACGAGGAGGAUUAUACGUUGGUGACGUCUCACCAUGGUCCUAGUGGAACUUGUAGUACAAGGGUUUAUGACAAAGAUGGGAUUGAGUGUUUCGCAAGUAAGAUUAACGAAGAACGUCGUGAGAGACUUUUCGUGGUCGAUGUGGGUACGGAAUCUCCAAAGAAUACGCCGGAGUUUCAGGGUUUGGGUUUCCUCAAUUCGUGUUACUUAUGCAGGAAGAAACUUCAGGGUCAGGACAUAUUUAUUUACAGAGGAGAAAAAGCUUUUUGCAGCACUGAGUGUCGAUCGAGUCAUAUAGCAAGUGUUGAACGGAAAGAGAGAUGUAGAUCGAAGUUUUCAACCUCUCCUUACACCGUCGGUCAAGUUUUCUCCGCCGGAGUUUUAGUGACUUAGCCGGAGUUCUUCUACUGAGUAUAUAUAAUAUAUAUAUAUGGGGGAUCAGGGUUAAAUAAAAUAAUAACUAGGCAUUAAUAAUAUGCGAGAGAAAUAAAGUAGCAUAUAUAUACACAUUUGACAUGUAUGUCCAUAUAAAUGAUAUAUGUUAUAUGGUGGAAACGAAAUAACAUGAAAAUUUUGGGUGAAAGGGGGGGGGGGGGGGGGGGGGGUGUUUAUGAGAGAGGGCUAGUUUUUGAUCGUCAAGAUGGCGAAAAAUGGAAUAAUGCUCUUGUUUUCUUUUUAAUUCUUAUUGUGUUUUGUAUUUGGUGCUUAUUAACAUGUUAAAAUAAUUUUAAUAUCAUCUUCAAAAAAAAUAAUUUUAAUGUUCAAA